AUGGAAUCUUUGGCAACAACCAUUCGUUUCGUCACGCUGAACUGCCGAACACUAUCGAGUGAACUCCAACAAGCCGAUCUAUCCAGACUUCUGCGAUAUCUCUGUGUGCCUUUUGCUGCACUGCAGGAAACACGCAUGAGAGAUCGGCCUGUCAUCGGCAUCGAAAAUUACACCAUAUACUGCGGCGAUGCUGAUGAGAAGAAAGUAGGUGGCUGCGCGAUAGCUGUGAGGAACGAUUACAAGAACCUGGUGGAGGAAUUUGGCUCAACGUCGUCUAGAUGCGCCUUUCUACGACUGCGGGAUCGCGGAGGACGUAAACUCUGGAUCGUAAGUGCUCACGCACCUACGGAAACCGCUGAGGACAACAGUAAGGACGCCUUCUAUGAUGAACUCAAUGCGUUGAUGUCUAAAAUACCAAGCCAGCAGGUGGUCAUUGUCGGAAUCGACGCAAAUGCAAAGAUGGGACUCGAACAGCAAUCCGAUGUGCUAGGAAAAUGCUCGAUUACGUUCUGGCGAGGAACAUUCCUCAGUCAGACAUCCGAAAAUCUAGAGCUGUUUGGAACAUCGCGUUCGACUCUGACCACCGUUCUUCUCAGCUUCAAGAUACGGUUCCGAAAUUCGAAAUCGGCAAGUCUGAAAGACGAUGAACGCAGAAGAAAAUUCCGCCGUGUGUCUAUUCAUGUUGGAGUACGGACCAGGAAGAAGCUUAGCGAUGCAGGUUCCUUCACAAAUUGCAUCCAGGACGCUGCAAGGGAAACGUUCCCGGUUCUAUUGCCGCGGAAGAAGUUUGCCUUUGCAUCAGCGGAAACAAAAUCCACGUACAAUUCUGUAUGUGUCGCGCGCAGCGCUGGUGACUUCAACCAGGGAAAGCGUCUUAGAAGGAAGCUGCGUCGUCAACUGCAACAAGACCGCGAUAACGAGUGGACGUCAAGAGCGAUGUAG